GUCUGAAAGAGAAGAGUCCGAACCGCACUGACUGCUCUCUGUGACAGUGAUGACCGCCGCCAACACGCUCCUCAUCCAGGAGAAGUAGACUCUGGUCCGCGCGCGCUUCGCCUCCGGGUGUGUUGGGAGUAAUUAGUUGAUUCGGAUCACCCGGCGCUCCGGUUGAACCUGUAGGGAAACCUGGCCACACGUCGCCAGGUGGACGGCGACAAAAGGCUCCAACUGUUGUGUACUUCGUCAACUUCUCCGCACCUGUCCAACAUGUAUAGCAUGAUGGAGCACGAGCUGAAGCCAACCGGCCAGCCCCCGUCUCACCAGACCUCCCAGGGAAUGUCACCAGUCACCGGCAACAUGACCGGGAGCAUGGGCAGCAACGGAAACUCUCACCCGAGCUCCAAGACGGCGUGCGCACCUGGAGGAGACCCCAUGGAUAAAGUGAAGCGGCCCAUGAACGCGUUCAUGGUCUGGUCCCGGGGUCAGCGGCGCAAGAUGGCUCAAGAAAACCCCAAAAUGCACAACUCGGAGAUCAGUAAGCGGCUGGGGGCCGAGUGGAAGCUGCUGACGGACGCCGAGAAGCGGCCCUUCAUCGACGAGGCCAAGCGGCUGCGGGCCGUCCACAUGAAGGAGUACCCCGACUACAAGUACAAGCCGCGCCGCAAGACAAAGCCGCUGCUCAAGAAGGACGCUCAGGUGGCCAAGUACCCGCUGUCAGCGGGGAACCUGCUGGCGGCGGCGGCGCAGGGCCAGGGUGGUAGUCCGAGGAUGGAGAGCUACGGCUGGGGCCCCACCGGAGGGUACGCGGGCAUGCAGGGCGAGGCGCUCGGCUACACGCAGCAGCUCCACCGGUAUGACCUGUCCGCGCUCCAGUACCCACCUACAAUGACUGCAGCACAGACGUACAUGAACGGAGCCAACUCGUACAGCCCCAUGUCCUACAGCAGCAGUCCCCAGCAGCCCAGCCCGGUCACCAUGUCCAUGGUGAAGGCAGAACCAGUGUCCCACUCGCCUCCGACCGGCACGCCCAACCACCACCGGGGGCCUUUGCAGGGAGACCUCAGGGACAUGAUCAGCAUGUACAUUCCUGGACCAGGAGGCGACGCCGGCGACCCCACGACAGCACAGAGGGGCUACACCAGCGUCCAGCAGCACUACCUCACUGGGACUGUCCCGCUCACACACAUCUAG